AAAAUUCGAGGCAAGAUUCACAACGACCAGAGGUCUGCGCAACGCAUUGUUUCCUUUCUCAACCCCCAGGUUCUCUAUGCCGGUGUAGACAAAAUUCCUCUUGCCUUCUCUUUUCCGGUCGCUCUGUAGUGCGUGUCAGCUGCAGGAUGAAGCAGAUCGUCACCAACCAAACAGUCAAAAUCCCUGAGGGAUUGACUGUCUCCGUGAAGUCGCGGACAGUCACUGUCAAGGGACCACGAGGUGUCUUGAAACGAUCUUUCAAACACUUGGCACUUGACAUUCACAUGGUAAACCCGAGGCUAUUGAAAGUUGAGAAAUGGUUUGGAACCAAAAAGGAGCUGGCUGCUGUGCGCACCGUCUGCUCGCACAUUGAAAACUUGUUGAAGGGUGUGACUAAGGGGUACCAGUACAAAAUGCGUGCAGUAUAUGCCCAUUUCCCCAUAAACUGCGUCACGACAGAAAACAACUCUGUAAUUGAAAUUCGUAAUUUCCUUGGUGAGAAAUUCAUCCGACGAGUCAAGAUGGCUAACGGUGUCACUGUAGCUAACUCGGCCAAACAAAAGGAUGAACUAAUUCUGGAAGGAAAUUCUUUGGAAGAUGUUUCCAGAUCUGCUGCACUAAUCCAGCAAUCCACGACCGUGAAAAAUAAGGAUAUCAGAAAAUUCUUGGACGGUCUAUAUGUUUCUGAGAAAACCACAGUUGUACAAGAUGCCGAAUAAAAACUUUUGACGCACUGAA